AUGGGCAGCAAGGAAGAUGUGGGCAAGGGGUGUCCGGCGGCCGGCGGCGUCUCCAGCUUCACCAUUCAGUCCAUCCUGGGCGGGGGCCCCUCGGAGGCGCCGCGGGAGCCCAGCGGCUGGCCGGCCAGGAAGCGCAGCCUGUCGAUGUCCUCGGAGGAGGAGGAGCCGGACGAUGGCUGGAAAGCACCUGCCUGCCACUGCCCGGACCCACAAGGCCCCAAGGAGCCGGGCCCCAAGCACCACGCCCCCAUCCCCUUUCCUUGCCUGGGUCCUCCCAAGGGCAGCGGCGCCGCGGGGCCGGUGGGCUCGGAGCGCACGCCUUUCCUCUCCCCUGCGCACCAGGACUUUAAGGAAGAGAAAGAGAGGCUAUUGCCCGCGGGCUCACCGUCGCCGGGGCCCGAGCGGCCGCGGGACGGCGGCGCCGAAAGGCAAGCGGGCACCACCAAGAAGAAGACGCGCACGGUCUUCUCGCGCAGCCAGGUGUACCAGCUCGAGUCCACCUUCGACAUGAAGCGCUACCUGAGCAGCUCGGAGCGCGCCUGCCUCGCCUCCAGCCUGCAGCUCACUGAGACGCAGGUCAAGACUUGGUUCCAGAACCGCCGCAACAAGUGGAAGCGGCAGCUGUCGGCAGAGCUGGAGGCGGCCAACAUGGCGCACGCGUCGGCUCAGACUCUGGUGGGCAUGCCGCUCGUGUUCCGGGACAGCUCUCUGCUGCGCGUGCCGGUGCCGCGCUCGCUCGCCUUCCCCGCGCCGCUCUACUACCCCGGCAGCAACCUCUCGGCCUUACCGCUCUACAACCUUUACAACAAGCUCGACUUCUGAGUGACCACCGGU